AUGAAGCUGGAAGCCGUCGUGGAGCAGCUGCAGAAGCAGCAGCAGCAGCAGCCCAUGGAUUCCCGGGAGCGGCCGCCGGCGCGGCUCCUGUUCCCGCCGGCGCUCGCCGCCCCGGCCAAGGGCCCGCCCGGCAUCGCGCGCCCCGUGGAUCAGCGCGGCGUCAGCUCCGAGGAGGACGACGACGAGGACGACGACGAGGAGGAAGGCGCGGAGCUCGAGGACGGCGCUGACGGGACGGGGAAAGACGCCUGCGCCGCCCUGAAGUAUUUCCACGCUCCCAAAGUCGCCCGGCACAACCAAAGAGUGGCUUCGACCUCCAGUGCUCUCCCGGCUCCGGGGCACCCGGGGAAAGAAGAGCAGGGGAAAGACGCUACUAAGCAGACGUAUUCCGGGUCCCCCUCCGGGCGCCAGACCUGGAGACUGGACGAGCAGCUCAAGCAGAACGGCAGCGCGACCUGGAGCGAGGAAGGCGACGGGUGCCGAGGAAGAGAAAUUUCACGCGACUUUGCCAAGCUCUAUGAACUGGAUAGUGAUCCCGAGCGGAAGGAGUUCCUGGAUGAUCUCUUCAUCUUUAUGCAGAAGAGAGGAACUCCCAUCAAUCGGAUCCCCAUCAUGGCAAAGCAGAUCCUGGACCUCUACAUGCUCUACAAGCUGGUGACGGAGAAGGGCGGGCUGGUCGAAAUCAUCAACAAGAAGAUCUGGCGGGAGAUCACCAAAGGCCUUAAUCUGCCCACCUCCAUCACCAGUGCCGCCUUCACGCUUCGCACCCAGUAUAUGAAGUACCUGUACGCCUACGAGUGCGAGAAGAAGUCCCUGAGCUCCCCCGCGGAGCUGCAGGCCGCCAUCGACGGCAACAGGCGCGAGGGCCGGCGGCCCAGCUACAGCUCCUCGCUGUUCAGCUACUCGCCCGGUGCCGCGGGGCCCCCUUCCCUGCUGUCCCCGCCGAAGAUCCGCUUCCCGAUGAUGGGCGUCGCGCCGGGCAGCGGGAGCGGCAGCCCCCGGGCGUCCCCGGCAGCUGCGCUCCGGAAAGGUGACGGUGUGCCCUUGACCGUGCCCAUGCCAAACCGAAUCGCCGUGCCAGUGACCUUGGCUAGCCAGCAGGCAUCCGUGGCGGCCAGAACAGCCACCUUGGAGCAGCUGAGGGAGAGACUGGAGUCUGGGGAGCCUCCGGAGAAGAAGGUGUCGCGGAUGACGGAGGAGGAGCAGCGGCUCGUCCAGCAGGCUCUGCAGCGCAACCUCUUCAGCGUGGCGCGGCAGAUCCCCAUGAAGAUCAAAAUCAACGGCAAGGAAGACAAAGCGGACUCGGCGGCGGCGCUGAACUUGUCCCCGACCGGCAUCGGGAGCAUUAACAUGUCGGUGGAGAUCAACGGCACAAUUUACACUGGAGUGCUCUUCGCGCAGAAGCCGGUCGUCCACCUCAUCGCAGGCUCCGGCACCCAGAGCUCCUGCAGCAGCAGCAGCAGCUCCCACUGCUCCCCCAGCCCUACCUCAUCCCGGGGCACGCCGAGCGCAGAGCCCUCCACCAGCUGGUCUCUCUGACGGGGCCCGGGUCGCUGUCUCACACUGGCCCCCGGCAGCCCUGCCCUGUGCUCGGGGCGGCGGGAGCCGGGGAGGAGUCGCACAGAUUUACCUCAUCUCAAGGAACCUGCUUUGCGGCUGGCCGACGGCGAGAUGCUGCUGCUGCUGAAAGCUUUCCACGCCAGCGAGUGUCAUCCUCAUCGUCUGUCCGUACCAGCCCUUUUCGUUGUUCUCCCCUUUCUUCCUCCCUUUGAAUUGUUGUUUUUCUUCCUCCACCUCCUCCCAGGGUUUGCUGUGUUCCUGCUGGGGGUGGGACAUGGAGAAGGGGGCCCACCUGGCGUUUUUCAAUCAGGGAAUCGUCUCUAGGAGCUGCGCGUGGAUGGAUGGCUGAGACGUCACCAAGGCAGGCGGAAAAGAGCUGCAGUUGGGGCAGGGAGAUGGGGUUCUCCUUGGACCGGGACCCACCUGCACUCUGCCCAUAAAACACCUCAGUGUAUUGACAAUCCUAACGGCCAUCAGGGCACCUUGUCCCCCUGUCCCUCGCUGCCUUUGGCUGCAGAAGGUCUUGCAGCUGCAGAGCAAGGCGCUUCCUCGCUGCCCUUCCUCGAGCUCCGUCAUUGUCCGGGGUCCCGCGUGGCAGAGCUGGCUGCAGCACUGCUUGUGGAGCCACCUGGUGAACCUUUGUCCUCCUCAUGGAGAUCUCAGCCGCUCGGGCAGCACUUUCCCAUCGCUGUAUUUGACCUGUAGAGACGGAGAGACAGACGGACCCGUGAGCUGCUCCGUUCUGGCUGGCACUGGGCUGCUUCCUGCUCCUGCUUUCCRCAGGCCUCCAGCCCAGGUUUAAAUGCCCUCGAGCUGGUCGCUCUCCCCACAGGAAAUCCGUGCACUGUGGCGUUUAUCUGACGGCUCCARCUUGUUUGUGCUUGGUUUAGAUCUUCAGCCCCUUCACACAAAAGGGCCGUCCCUUAAGUGCGUCUAGGCUUCCUGCAGUGACUUCUGUCCCUUAGCGUGUACUGCAGUAGCCCCUGGACGCUCUCCAUGUCCAUGCCCUGAGAAAAUAGGUGAUAUUUAAAAUCCRCUUCAGAGGGGCUGUGCCAUGUGUUAUAUAUAUAUCAUGGUUAGUAUAUAAUGCUUCCUUCCGUUGCCCUCAAACAAGCAACAAGUCCCCUCCAGAUUGCGUGGGGGCAACACGAAAGCAGCCCCCAGCCAAGUAAGGCCUCGGGGAGGGAAGCAGGAGAAAGGAAGUCGUUGCCAUUUCCCUUCCAAGCUCCGCUUUAAAGCCAGCUCCCGCUCACGGGCCCUCUCUGCUCCUGCGGGGGACUGGGCUGGCCCUUGCCGUGCACGGCUCCCCCAGCCUGGAGAGCAGAUCCGAGCCCCGUCCGUCCUGCCCUGGUGACGUCCUUCCCAUCCUCCAGGCCCAAGUCAGGUUUUUUUGAGCAGAUGAAAUACCUCAGAUAUGUACUUGUUGUUGGGGGGGUGUUUGUUUGUUUGGGGGGGGAUUGUUUUUUGUUUUGUUUUAUUUUUUUUUAACCUCUUCAGGAAGUAUCGGCAUAUCUUAAUGCUUGGUUUUUUUAUAUGUGGUUUUGCUGAUGUUGUGUUUAUUUUUAUUUUUGAUUGUAGCACCAAAGACAGAAAGAAAAACAAAGCUGAGCCAAAGAGCAGUGGCUUCCCCAUCCUUUAGGCUACGCAGGAGACAGGUCCUGUCGCAGGACAUGGAUGUGGUGCAGGAGGAAAGGUAGAGGUAGGAGAAAGGGGGCGAGACUGGCUGCUGAGUUAGAGGAUCCCUCCUUUGUGGACAACAGGGAGUCUUCAGGGUCCAUAUUCUCAUUGCAGAGCUUCAUAAUCCAUGUCUUUAGCAGGAACACUACACGUUUGCCAGGCCUCUCACAGCAAAGCGGUUUGUGACUGCCGAAAGCCCGGCUUGGCCUCAUGCCUUGGCACGGGACCGGCCUCCUCCGCUGUGCUCUGACUUGGUGCUCUUGCGGGGUCCCUAGAUGCACAGAUCCAUUCCUCUGAGUGGCAGCUGCGUUUCUGCUCCCAGCCCGUGAAGAUCUCUUGCUCUCUCCAACCAGACGUGAKGGAGCCAGCUCCUGGCUGGCUUUGGUGGGAGCAACAGCCACCCCCGUGCACGGCGGGAAGCAGAGCUGCUCUUUGGCUGCAGGGCAUUGGCGUGGCGGGUGACACGGCCCUCCAAGGYUGUGGACGUUUCACCAAGACGUUUCACCGUCUCGGACUCGGAGAUGAUUUCCCAGGCUCUGGGGCUCAUUCAGAUCGUUUUGGUUUUGUUUCCUUUCCCCUUGGAUUUCGUUUUGUUUUGGAGAUAGGGGUGGGCGGGUUUAGGGGCUGUUUCCUAAGAGUGGGACUGGGGUCUUUUUGCUUUUCCUUACGCUUUCUUCUCUGGUCCUGGGGAGCAGAGGUUAGUAAUGGGUGUUUUUGCUUAUAUAUCACAUGCUAACAUUGUGUUUUCUUGCACAGAAAGGCACUCAAAUCACUGAACUGCUAAACAGCUUUGACACUACUAGAGUAUUAAUGUUUAUAAGCUUUACACAACUUAGACUGGAACUAGACAGGGACUAACAGAUUGUUUUGUAUCCGAUUCAGGGAAAGAGUCAAGUCGCGAUGCGUAACAGAUACCUCAGUAAAAUAAGCUGCAACAAUAAACUGGUCCUUUGGCAUGACACGGUGACAAGGACCAGCCAUUCAGACUGUGAAGAGUAACCCUGUCCC